AUGCAGAUAGACCAUUCGGGUGACAGUUCAGAGGCCUCUCAGGCCCACGAUUCCAAACUCCACCACUCCCACCUUCUGGGUAAUAUCCCACUCGGGCUACCGGAAGCUCGGCGACGUGUGAAAAUUCUAGUAUCUGUUGAUUUCGACGCCGUGUCAGGCUGGAUGGGCACAGGUCAACACUCGCGAAACUGUCUCUCCGACUAUUCCGCGGGCAUCUUUGCAGGUCGUGUCGGAGUGGGCCGCCUCCUCAAGAUCCUAGACCGUGUUGGAAUUGCCGAAAAGGUGACGUGGUUUAUCCCAGGACAUUCAAUGGAGACGUUCCCACUUGAAACAAAGGCCAUCGUCGAUUCCGGAGCCGAGAUCGCGCUUCAUGGAUAUUGUCACGAAGACUGUACCCAACUAGACCCGCAACAGCAACAAGACAUUCUGGACAAGUGCAUCACUCUAGCCGAGUCCUUGACGGGAAAGAGGCCGGUGGGAUUUCGAGCUCCGCUUUACCGAAUUGACCAUGACACCAUCAGUCUCUUGGAGCGCAAGGGGUUUCUGUAUGACACGUCCUUGAGCGGACAUGAUGCUCAACUCUACUACCUCGAUUCCGGUUUCCCCUUGGAUGUAGUUGACUAUUCCAAGUCAGCCUCCACGUGGAUGAAACCGUCACCCCAACCACGCCAGUUGUCGGUUGUUGAGAUACCAGCUAACUGGUACAUGGAAGAUAUGACACCCAUGCAAUUUCUCCCCAACGUGACCAAUUCUCAUGGGUUUGUCUCAUCUGAAGCCAUAGAAAAGAUGUGGAAAGACCGCUUUAACUGGCUUUGGAAUUGGGGGCCUGAUGGAAGCGGGCCAGGGGAUUUCGUAUUUCCCCUUGUCUUGCAUCCUGAUACUUCGGGAAUGGCUCAUGUUGCUGGAACAAUCGAGGGGAUGCUUCGGUGGUUGAAGGAAUGGGGACCCCAGGUAGAGUUUGUAACAUACGAGGAGGCAGCGAGGGAGUUUCUACUGGACAAGGAAGUGCCGGCAUAG